AUGGCGUCAAUCCCGAAAGCCCCUCUCGGUCGAAACGGCCCUGAGGUCAACCGCAUCGGUUUCGGUUGUAUGGGUCUAUCCGCCUUCUAUGGCCCUCCCAAGCCUGACAACGAGCGAUUUGCAGUCCUGGAUGCCGCAUACGAGGCUGGUGAACAUUUCUGGGACUCGGCCGACAUCUACAUGGACAAUGAGGAUUUGCUGGGCAAAUGGUUUGCGGCCAACCCCGAAAAACGCAAGGACAUCUUCUUGGCAACCAAGUUCGCGUUGCAUCCGAAGCCUGACGGCUCCCUGGAGAUCAGAGGCGACCCGGAGUAUGUGAAGGAAGCGUGUGCGAAAAGCUUGAAGAGAUUGGGCCUUCCAUAUGUCGACCUCUACUACUGCCACCGUUUGGAUAAGAACGUUCCUGUCGAGAAGACGGUGCAGGCGAUGGCUGAGCUGAAGAAGGAAGGCAAGAUCAAAUAUCUCGGGUUGAGUGAAUGCAGUGCAGAGUCUCUGCGUCGUGCAUGCAAGGUCCACCCGAUCACUGCCGUUCAGAUUGAAUAUUCGCCUUUCACCCUCGAUAUCGAGGACCCCAGAGUUAAGCUCCUCGAGACAUGUCGCGAACUUGGUGUUGCCGUCGUCGCCUACAGUCCUCUGGGCCGUGGCAUGUUGACCGGCAAAUACCGCUCACCAAACGACUUUCCGGAGGGCGACUGGCGCCGCAUGGCUCCACGUUUCUCAGAGGAGAAUUUCCCAAAGAACCUGCAGCUCGUCGACGAAAUUCAAUCGCUCGCACGGAAGAAGGGCUGCACUGCUGGCCAACUGACGCUGGCGUGGCUCUUGGCUCAAGGAGAGGACAUCUUCCCGAUCCCCGGUACCACCCAGAUCGACAGACUGAAGGAGAAUAUUGGUGCUGUGAAUGUCCACCUGAGCAAGGAAGAUGUAGACAUCAUCAGAAAAGCUUGUAAGAAUGCAGAGGUGCAUGGCGAACGAUAUCCCGCGCAAAUGGCAGAUCAUUUGUUCGCGGAUACUCCUGCUUUGUGA